UCUUGGGCCACCUGCAGAAGGGUGACCGGAGACGCCCCCCGCCCGCCCGCCGACCCGUGUCCAUUCCCUCCCUCCCGCUUCAGAAGCAGUGUCACCAGGGCUCGCGCUCGACUCCCUCGCUUCUCCCCGUCCCUUGCUCCCUCAGCGGCGGGCGAAACCCCCACCGCCUUCCCGAAGCGCCCUUGGACAAGAUGAUGUUACACCUGGUCGUGGCGGCGGCGAUGGCCGUGGCCUCAUCCCGCGCCUGGCCCAUCUCCCCUCUUGAGAACUAUCUGCGAGGGGAAGCCGAACACCACAAUGUUACCUGCGGGGACGACUUCAAAAUCUGGGUUGACAAAGACCCAUUAAUACUGACCUUCGUCGGCACUUCCCCCGACGGCUCCAUCCCCGCCGGUUGCACUGCAGACAUCCGCAUCGAUGAGAAUGACCGGCACUUGGAGAAAUACGGUCUGCAGUUUAGUGGGGCCGUCGACCUCAGAGACGCGGACAAUGUGGACGAUAAGUGUACUUCUUCCAGCCUCACCGUCACCGACAUGGACAGCGACGAGGACGAAACGGGAACAAAGGCUGUGACCUGCGGCCAGAAGCCAGUCACGUACCACACGACGCAGGAUUCGACCAACGUCCAGCUCCGAGUGGGUCCCAACGGCGCCGAGGGAAACGGCUUCAGCCUGACGGUGACGCCCCACUACGUCUGCGGAGGAACUGUCGACGCCAACACCUACAUUGAGUCCCCUGAUUUCCCUCAGCCUUACCCGAGUGAUACUGAUUGUUUCUGGUACAUAAAGGGUGAGCAGAUAGAACUAGAGUUUGAGGAAUUCGAUCUACAUCCGAAGAAAUGCAAUGAUCAUGUCUUCAUCCAGCCCAUGAAAGGUGCAACCGAAAAGCUUUGCGAACAGCCAAAUAAGGCCAAGAAAUACGAUGGACCGAUUUUUGUGAAUUUCCGGUCAUCGAAACGGUCGCAGAAUGAAAAUAAAGGCUUCCGCUGCAAAGUUACUAUUAAGAGUUCAAAGAAGCGUUUGUCAACUUUGUUAUCAAAGUUUUAUGAAAAGUAAGAUACAGUUGUCUUGCUCUUUCUAAAACACAUUUCAUUAACUUCCAAUGACACGCCUGAAAGUACUAGACACACCAAAUAAUUAAUUCAUCAUUUUGCAAGCAACAUAGAUAUUGAACAUUACAUCUAAAUCAUGAAAAUAAAGGUUCAAGAUACAAAUACACAUAAAAGAGGAAUAGCAUGACAAAAUCACCAUGACAAUCUAUAAAAAUGACAAUGACAUUUUCUUGAUAGAUAAAAGUUAAUCAAAUUUAAUUAUAUAUUUUGUAGCACCUUUUCUUCAGUUUUAGCUCACAUUUGUUUUGAACGUUUUAGAAAUUUAUAAUCUGAUUGUGGAGAAAUAGGGCAUCAAUAUUUUGAGUGACUAGUGACGUAUUAUGACGUAAUGUAUCCUGAAUUCAUUGUGUAUUUCUCUGGAAUGAAGCAACCCCCAUCUCUGUGUAACUAGCAAUGGCACAUACCUGGAAAAAAAUUAUGUAAGCAAAGUGAAAACAAUAAAAUUCUUUAUUGGCAAUAACAUGUCCUUAUUGGCAA